AACUGAACAUGAUGAAAGGGUGAAAUGAACUCAAUUUAAAAUGGAGUGAGGGAAACUCUUUUGCUGUACUCGCAAUGAUUGGCUGCAACAAGCUUGCAAAAAAAAUUUGAUUGUUCUGUAAGUUUUCCGUUUACUGCCCUAUGUUGUCCAAAUCAAAAAACCAGAGUUGCAUAGCCUGAUUGUUCGUGCAGUAUUUUGCUGUUUUAAGAUUUCUGCUCAUGGCCAGCGGCUGACUAGAGAUCUUCUUUACUUCUUACUAUUGAGUUAUAUAUCUCUUGUUGGAAACCUUGCCAGUAGAUUAUAGUGCCAUAAGGGCACAGAUUUCAUGAAAUUGCCGUGAGGCUGUGCAAAAAAUCAUGACACACAGGGUUUGACAGACUGCGAGCGAGUUACAGGACAGGCAGUGAAGAGCAGGCUCGAUAUCGAGGAGCAGACUGGACUCUUGUGGAAAACUGCUGCGGUACUACUGAAAGCAGGGCAAGUGCAGAGAAUUCUAGUGGAGGAAUGGUCCAGGGAUAAGACCUUACACAUGGCACUUAGCCAAAUUAUCAGAGGCACAGCCUGAGGCCACUAUGAUGCACCAUUCAUCAGGAUGUCUCAGUCUGUCGUGGCACUCAGGAUAUGAUACCAGUGACUUUCCUACGCAGUGGGAUCAACUAGCUCUCCACCGUAGCUCAGAUCAGAGGAGUUCAUUUGGAAGUAUGGACAGCCUUGACCAACCCAGCCAAAGCUGUGACCAAAGCACAUAUCCUAACAAAAGAGACUCUGCCUACAGCUCAUUUUCUGCAAGCUCUAAUGCCUCUGACUACACUGUGUCAUCGUCGGUGAAAACUGAUGAGUCAGCCUCCGUGGACAGCAUAUUACAUGGCUUGGGGCCAUGGCUGCCGACCAGGUAUAGCGAGGCCCAGUGCCUUCAAAAUGGAAGUGAAGGCAGAGAAAGGCCAGCUGAAGAGCAACUUUGUUCUCACUGUGGGAAGGGGUCACCUGAAAGUGACGUGUUGCCAUCCCAUGUACAUGAAGAAAGUGCUGCAAGUUCUACCAAAUCAGCCCCUCCCCCACUACCUGUUCGCAGAGAAAGUUUUGUGGCAGCUAAAGCUCGCUCUGCAUCUCUGUGCAUGAUCAAUUCUAAGGCACUUGCCGCAGCAAACCUGUUGCUUCAUCCUGGAAGAUGGGCUUCUGAAACCUUGUUAUCUACAAGAGAUAAAGAUUCUGAAGGACAAUGUUAUACCUGUGCUCCUAAGUGCUGUACAGGCACUGUCCUGCAGUCCAGUAACCCGGCAUCUAACCAUUGUUCAAUAGAGUGUUGCUGCUUGUUAAGACAACAGCCAAGACUUUAUUGCCAUUCUCAUAGUGAAAAAAGUAUUUCACAUGAAAGUACAGCAAUCCCUAGAAAAUCCAGUCGAUAUUUGAUGGGGCAGUUGGAUUUAUACAAUUUGAUUGAGCCAUCAUUUGUAGCCAGUCAAUACCUGAGCCUGAGUCAGAAUGAAAGAUUGCCUUUGAAUUUGCAUAGGCACAGUGCACCUGAGAAGUUGUUAUCAGCGCAAAUGCAUUCAGUUCCAAUUUCAGACUGUGGUAAAAACGGUUUGGGAUUACAGUAUGAUCAGGAAAGUAAUGAAUGGGCCAACUCUGUACCAAUACCUCAGCAGGAAUAUCAAUCCAACAUAGGACAUUCCCAUAAAGCUUUAAAUACAGUUGAUUCUUCAUUUGAAAAGCAGAUGAAAGAGAACUCCUUUGGGAAGCAACAAGAAAUUGAAGUAGCCGCUUGUGAUCACUAUUUGGAUAAUCAGCUUCAUUCUUCCCCUUCCAAAGGUGAGUCGAGCAGUAAAAGUUGUAGAAGUGCAUCAGUUCAAACAACAGCCCAGCAACAAAACAUACAAUUGCCUCUAAGACCACUAGAUCAAAUGAGUGAGAUUGGAAGCACUUCUUCAACUGGCAAUACUUUGGAAGAUGAGGCAGAUUUGGAAGAAGCCAAGAAUGAAACUGGCAGAAAUACUCGGGUAUUAGGUUCUAGAGCAGCCAGGAUGCGGCGCAAAAGUGACCGCUUUGCCACAAAUUUGCGUAAUGAAAUACAAAUGAAGAAAGCUCAGUUGCAGAAGAACAAGAAUGCAACUGUGCUGUUACAGAUGGAAGAAGCUUCAGAAGAAUUGAGUGACUUGAGAGAGAAGCCAUCCAGUUCCUAUACUUGUAUUAUUGGUGAGUCUGAUGCCAGUGGCACAAAAGAAGAAACUACAGGCACAAAAACACAGAUCAUAGAUCCCAGUAAAACCCUGGACAAAGUGGAAGAGGAUCGUAAACCAGGAAGUACGUAUUUAUAUCCAUUGGCCCACAGCUCCUGUGUUUCGCCAAACAAAUGCAAAACAGAAACUGGUUCACUAUCCCAAAAUUUUUCUGAGCAGAAGACUGCUCAGGACAUCAGUGGAUCUGGCCAAUGGAGAUGGACACCUGAAGAUAAACAAGAGGCUCAAAGUAAGGUGAUAAAGGAAGUUGGGUCUGAUGAGAUGAAAUCUUGUGCAACGGCAGUGUUACAGGAACCAGAUACCUCUCCCCUGGUGUCCUUUGCAGAGAGGAGAAAAUUCUUUGAGGAGACCAGUAAAAGUUUGUCUGGGUCUGAUUCUUGCAAUUUUCUCAGAGUUCAGAAUAAAUCAAGUACCAUAGGAAAAUCUAAAGGGCAGAGCUUUUGCAGUAAGUCACAUGCCCUCCCAAGUGAUCGUCUGAGGCAAUCAGCAGAAGAAAUCUUCCAACACUCCACAAGCAGAGUCACCCAAGAUUCUGGGCAAUAUCCUGCUUGUUCACCAUUAAAUUUGGACCAAGCAGUUCACCACGCACAAGGAGAGAAAUUACAUGAGAAGGGAUGUGAAAAUUUAAAGCCCCUCAAACCAAAUAAAUCAAGCACUUUGAAAGAACAUUGCAUCUCUCAUGUUCAGCAAGUGCAACACUCUGAGCCAGCUCCGACACUACAUUGUCAGUAUUUCCAUCCAGAUAACAGUCACCUGAAAGAACCUCAUCCUGCCAUUAGCUCCCACCAGUUGCAGCCCUCUUUAUCAGAGGGAUAUCCGGUGGAAAAUCUGGAUCAGACUGAGAUAAUAAACAGGAAGUUUACUCCAUCACAAAGAGAGAUGAAGACACUGAGUGUUGGUAACGUGCAAGAAACAUUUUCUGAAAUGAAUUCAAAAGAGAGCCUCACGGAUGAGUGGGACAAACUAACAAGGAAGCCAAAAUGGGAAACAUCUGCUUGGGAGAGGCCCAGCAUAGCUACUACAGUGCCAGGGAAUUUCUCAGAGUAUGCCCCGCAGUACCAACAGAGAGAAGGGCUUACCUGCAAAUGUUCCACAUGCCAUUUUAGUUGUGGAUCACUGGGCAUAACGAACAAAUUUGAAGAAGGGAAGGUUGUUCCACAUGAUUCAGAGAUGAAUAGACAUGAAGAUUUAUCUACUAACAAGAAGAAGAAAGGGCCCCCACCUCAAAGACCACCACCACCAGAUUGGGAGAAGUAUCGGUUGCAGAAAUUGACUCGACAUGAAUUGCCAGAUUUGGAAAAGUACCAGUCUCUGAAAUUGUCCCACCACGAACUGGCAGAUUUGGAAAAGUACCAGUCUCGGAACCUGCCCCAACAUGAAUUGCCAGAUUUUGAAAAGUACCAAUCCCGGAAGUUAUCCCAACAUGAACUGGCGGAUUUAGAAAAAUACCAGUCCUGGAAACAGUUCCAACAGGAAUUGGCAGAUUUGGAAAAGUACCGGUCCCAGAACUUGUCCCAAUACGAACUGGCAGAUUUGGAAAAAUACCAGUCCCGGAAACUCUCCCAACAUGAAUUGCCAGAUUUGGAAAAGUACCAGUCUCGGAAACUCUCCCAACAUGAAUUGCCAGAUUUGGAAAAGUACCAGUCUUGGAAACCCUCCCAACAUGAAUUGCCAGAUUUGGAAAAGUACCAGUCUCGGAAACUCUCCCAACAUGAAUUGCCAGAUUUGGAAAAGUACCAGUCUCGGAAACCCUCCCAACAUGAAUUGCCAGAUUUGGAAAAGUACCAGUCUCGGAAACUCUCCCAACAUGAAUUGCCAGAUUUGGAAAAGUACCAGUCUCGGAAACCCUCCCAACAUGAAUUGCCAGAUUUGGAAAAGUACCAGUCUCGGAAACUGUCCCAACACGAACUGGCAGAUUUGGAAAAGUACCAGUCUCGGAAACUGUCCCAACACGAACUGGCAGAUUUUGAAAAAUACCAAUCACGGAAACCAGCUCAACAUGAACUGGCAGGUGUGGAUGAUUACCAGACCCAUAAAUUGUCUCCACAUGAAAUGCAAGACUUACGCAAGUACCAAUUUCGGAAACUGUCCCUACAUGAAUUUCCAGAUUUGGAAAAAUACCAGAACCGGAAACUGUCGUUACAUGAAUCCUGGAAUUGGUCUCGAGAUGAAUUGCCAGAUUUGGAUAAAUAUUGGUCACGGAGAGGUACACAGUUUGAAUUAGAUCCUGCGCUGAUCUCUCAGCCCACAUCAAUGAAUUGGAAGAGGUCAGAACAAAUUUCUGAUAGAGAGACAUUGGUUUAUUCAGAUCUGUCUCCAAGCCCUGCGUCUGCUAUGGACACUGCAACACGAUAUUCUCACCCACCACAGCUGUGUGCAGACUACCUAAUGGGCCUUGAUUACAGGUAUCCAGGAUCCAAUUUCAUUGAUCCAAGAUGUUUAAUAUCCUCCUCUGUAAUUCCUGUUCCAGGUGAACAUUUGAUCUCUUCAUUGUAUAAUCAUAAGUCACAGAGACCAAUGAUGAAAUUGGUAACAUCCAUGGAGAGUGAUGUCACAUCAAGAACUCAAAAAUUAAUUGAUCCGGUGGGAGAGAUGGCAUCCAGAGGAGGAAGAAACCGGCCCUUUGAAGGAGACCGACUCUAUCACCCACACAACAUGGCACCUACAAAGAAUGAGGUGGAUCUGGGCUGUCAGAGAUGUGGGGAGUCAUACUUGAGUAUUGUCAGCAGACAGGAUGAGAGGUGGAAAGAUUCUGAGGUUUUCUUAAAACCUGGCAACAAACCACUAAGAAACACGAUGAAAAGCCCCUCUCAUGAUCCCGGUGAGGGAAUUGAGACAGUGAGAUGCUGUUCGGAUGUGAAGAACAGACCACCUACUGAGCUGACCUCAGAGGAGCUGGUGAGAGACAUUGCAGAGAAAGACCGGUCUCUGGCAGACAUACUGGAUCCUAACUCGAAGAUGAAGAGUGCUGUAGGCCUGAUGGGUGGAAUCUUUCCGGAAAGCAAAGAGGAACUGUCAUGGGUACGUGAGCAGAAGAAACGGAAUCCACUACAGCUGAGCCUUAAACAGGAGAAGUGUACUGCACAGGCUACCUCCCCAACACCAAUGGUUAGCUCAACUUCUUGCUCCACCUACUAUAGCACAUCCGCUGCCAAGGCUGAACUGUUGAACAAAAUGAAGGAUUUCCCGAAGAUGGCUGAAGAAUGUUCAGAGGAGCAAGAGGAUGAGGAAGAAGAGGACAACAAUUUGAUAGAAAAGAAGAAACAAUUAAUUAGCAGUCUUAGUAAGAAACUCUCUGUGUUGCAUGAAGCCCAGAAGAGCCUCUUGGAAGACAUCAGUGCAAACUGUGCUCUGGGGGAAGAGGCUGAAAGGAUGGUGAAGAAUGUCUGCAAACCAAAUGAGUUUGAUAAAUACCGAAUGUUCAUCGGGGAUCUGGAUAAAGUUGUGAAUCUGUUGCUGUCUCUCUCAGGUCGACUUGCUAGAGUAGAGAAUGCCUUAAAUAACUUGGGUCCUGACACAACUGAGGAAGAAAGGCAUGCAUUGACUGAAAAGAAGAAACAACUCACAGCACAGCUUGAAGAGGCCAAAGAGCUGAAGGAACAUGUGGAUCGCAGGGAGCGCUCUGUCCAUAAUAUCCUGGUUAAGCACCUGUCGGAGGAUGAGCUUCAGGAUUAUACUCACUUUGUAAAGAUGAAAUCUGCUCUCAUCAUUGAACAGAGAGAGCUGGAGGACAAAAUCAAACUUGGGGAGGAGCAGCUCAAGUGUCUGAGGGAGAGCUUAUCCUUUAAAGCAUGCUAAAAUAGCAACAUUGAAAUGCAGAACACUUUAAAUGUUUGGUCUAAAUCAUUGAACUUAAACUCUUCAAAUUUUAGCGAACAAUGGAUUCCUUUAUCAAAUGUGUUAAUAUCUAAUGGUUUUAAAAGCUGGAAUAUACGCCCCAUUUCUGUUUGACUGUUAUAGUAAUGAAUCUUAGUCAUGCUUAUCAUAUUAACUGUCAUUUUUAAGUGAAACUAGCUCAUGUGAAAGUAAGGAAGUGUUCACUGCUCCUGAUUGGUAAAGGCAACCACUCUAGGCCACAAGGAUCAGGAAGGUCCUAACUUCUAGCACCUGCCAGUAUUAAAUUGCCUGAUGUUGGGGUAUCUUAAGGAUCACAAAUGGCCUGAGGGUCCAGAGCUAGAAAGGGGCAAGUUACCUCUGAUUGCUGGUCUUGAUUUUAUAUAGUGACCUGUUGGAAAAUGUGGACGUUGGCUGAGAACAAUAUUGGGCUUGACUGUGAUCUAUUAAGCAGUUAAAUAGCAUUCUGAUGCUCAACAUUUGGGACUGUAAUGAUGAAUGUCUAAUUAAGCAAGGUACUGGAGGGCUGCCAGUCCAAAUGAAACCUUACCUUAAUAAGAAUUGGUCCCUUCAGCAGAGGAUGAUAGGGAUGAAAAGAAAGGACUGUCAGAAUUUUGAAGUUAAGUAAAUAGCAUGAAUUCAGGAUUUGCGAAAAUAAUCCCCAUCAGCCAACUUUUUUUAGCCAACGCAUUUUCUUGGAUUGAGCUGUGCUAUGUAUAAAGAAAUUAGCCAUAAUCUGCCCAUCCAGAUGAUGUUUUCUCAGUUGGUGCUGUCAUAGUGAGAGAAAACUAAUUAAUUGAUUUCCUUUAAAAAAAAAUUCCAAUUUUGUAGUUGCGUUUCACUUAAACCCUGCCUCAGUGCAUGCUACUUUACUGAUGCAUGCAGUAUUACGUGUGUCUCUAAACAUAUCCUUGACAAAAGCAUCACAGGAAUGACUGUUAUAAAAGGUUACUGUCUGUUGUAUUUUAAUUUUAAUCACUGGUUAGACCAUUUGGCCAAUUUAUUUAGUGGGAUUUUUAAUUAUUUUGUGAUCAUUUUUGAUGGAGGAUAUCUGCCAUUUUUGGGAAGGAAAUAAUCCAGAAGAAUCAAGUCAUCUUAUAUCAAAUUCGAAUGAUCAAAUGAUUUUCACUUUGACAAACAUUAAUAUAUUGCAUGCAUAUAAAUACUGCCCAAAAGUUUUCUGUGUUACUGUACAAAGGCAAUGGGGUGUCCUUCAAAUGUGUAACUCUCAAAUAAAAAUACUUUAGUUAUCCUCAAAUGGCUCAUUAGUAAAUGCACUGCCCAGUGUGUAAGUGAGCAACACAGACCUUAAAGAGUUCAAGUUUUGAUCCUUCGUCUGUGCUGACCUGGUGUAGCAUAGAAGGGGAAAAUCAACACCUGACCACUAUCAAGUGCCCUUUACAAGGAAAUGUGGAUGUCAGGUAAGGAUGGGAUUGGGUUCCACUGUGAUUAUCUUCCAUGAUAAGAUAGUCUCUCUUCACUGAAUAUGUGCCCACACUCAAACCCUGGCCAUUUGAUCAAGAUACUAGAAGUUUGUUGGGACCCAGAGCACCUUCAGGGGUAGGAGGGGGAAGUUUCUCAUUAAAGGUGGCACUUUUAUUCAGGUUAAAAUUGCAAUUAAAUUACCCAAUUAAUCUCAGACACUGAAAUGCCAUGACAUAUCCAGAAAAUUAUAGCUAAUUUCCGAGUUCAGUAUUAGAUUCAAAAUGGCCAAAUGCAGAACAGAAUGGGAUUAGACUAUUGUCGUAAGAGUCUUUAGCAUGCCUGUAUAAAAUAGAAUAUGGUGUGCUUAUGACAUCUAGUGGCAAGUAUUAGUAUUACAUCAAUCUUUGUUUUCAUUCCAAUACCGGCUGAUCUGUUAAGAUGCUUCCAGUCCUCUAUAAAUGAUUACUUGGAGUAGGAACAACUAGUUUCACAGGUUGAGCUUUGGAUUGUUUGAGCAACUGGACAUUAGUUUCCAGCAUUGUUGAUGCCAUCAAACUGGCAACUGUUUUUAUCAUCAGAAAUAGUUGUCAUCGUAAAU